UAUACAAUAAUUUCUCCAUACGGUCCACAAAAUUCGAUCACGAGAUGUCAACAAAGUAUUUCAUUUUGUUUGAAUCAAGAAAAACAUUCACGUAACAUGAAUAUGAACCAGCCCAAAUAGCUUUAUUUUUGUAAAGUUGGAGUAUGAGAAGAGACUAAUCUAAAAUGUCAACGGUGUUUUUGCACGUUGGUCAGUGUGGAAACCAAACUGGCCGUACAUUCUGGAAAACGGUGAUCAAAGACCAAAACGUCAAUGACAGUCACUCCUUCGUGGACCACAAUGGCAUCCAGCGCUCUGUACAUGUCGACAGCGAACCUAAGGUCAUCUGGAGUUUGACAAGGUCAAUGAAAGUGAGAGAGAAGAAUGUGUGUGCUGGGAAGCGGGGAAGAGGAUCGAACUGGGCUCUUGGAUACAAGGGUGUUCAGUCUGCAGGUGAUGACCAUCUCACUGAUGAUACCAUGGAGUGUCUCAGGAAAGAAGUGGAAAGGUGUGACCACUACAUGGGAGUGGUGUUGAUGCACAGUCUGAGUGGUGGUACAGGGUCAGGUCUGGGGUCCAGGCUCUCCGAGAUGAUCCGCGAGGAGUACCCGAUGAACUAUUUGAUGUCCUGUGCCAUUGCUCCGUGUGUCAGUGGAGAGAGUCCGCUACAACACUACAACUCUCUCCUCACUCUCUCCCAUCUACACAGGUUCUCAGAUGGAGUUGUCCUCAUGCAGAAUGAUGAGAUUUUACGGAAGCUUCAAAAGAGAAAUGAGAAAAGUGUCUCAUUUAAUGCUAUGAAUCAGAGCAUUGCCAACAACCUGUGUGGGGUGUUCCUGCCUACAGAGUCGCUUACCCCUAGCAGUGGCUGCAGCACAGGCAUGGAACCCUGGGAUAUGGUGCGGACAUUGUGUCCUGUGCCAUCACUCAAGUUUAUUCACAUUCUACAAAACGCAAGAAGCAAGGUGGGUUGGGAUGGACUGGUGACACAAACCCUCCACUCCCUCCAGCGAUACAACGCACAGGGGAAGCCUUUUAAGAGUGUAGCCAAUCUGGUGGUGGGUCGAGGUGACAGCUGUCAGAGUUUCCUGGCAGCCAUGAAGCGAGGGAUUGAGGAUAAGAUCAAGUCCUCCUAUAGCUGUGUGGCCUGGAACCCCAUGCCUGUUGAUUACUGGUCAGCAAGGAGAAAUACCCUUGGACCUCGUGACUCCUCCUCGGUCACCAUUGCUGCCAACUAUGGGUCAGUCGUGGACUAUCUGGAGACAGUUCUAGAGAGGUCAAAGGUCAUGUUUGAGGCAGGCGCCUACCUUCACUGGUAUCAGCGAUACGGUGUAUGCCAGGAAAUAUUUGAAGCUGCAUUUGAAACUUUAAGAUCAGUCAUAGCAGAUUACAAAGCAGCCUUGUCUUGACAGGACAUACAGGCCACUACGCUAGACCGUCACACCUAGACUGUCACACCUAGACCGUCACACCUGCCUUGAAAUACAGGGUUUCUAUACUAUUGGAGGCCGAACACUUGAGUGGAGGAUGUAAAACCGCCCCUGUAUGAUUGGAGUCUCACUGGGAAGGGGGUCAGGGCUUACACUGGGGAGCAUGUGGUCACUCGUGGGGAGAGGGUGCUCAAAGUCAUUAGUGGAUGGUCACAUUGGGGAGAUGGUCACUCUCAAUAGUGGGUGUUUACAGUAGGGAGUGGAUGAGCACAAUGGCACAUUGAUGGAUGCUUUGGAGAAUGGGUGAUCAAAACUGGGAGUGGGUAGGCACAAUGGAAGGUGGAUCUGUACACUAGAGAACAGACGAGGAUGGCCUCUUUGAGAAGUCUUGUGCAUUGUGUCCUGUUGUCUCUCUAGCUCUGCUCAGGUCUACCUCUCAAGUAUCCUCACGCCAUAUUUGCCUUCUUGCAGUCUCAGAGUAAACACCUCCUCAAAGUCCCCAAAGUAUGAUGAAAACCUUACAUGGACGACGAACCUUCUCCUACUUCUGCUGCCGCUGUAGAAUGGAACAAUCCUCCUGAGCAUCUCCGCCUC